AUGACGAGCACGAAAGCGAUGACAGGCAGCGCGCGGAACCCCUCGUCAUGGGACCCGCAGGACGACGUGCUCUUGCGGCACUUGAAGGAGGUCAAGAAGCUUGGGUGGAAAGAGAUCGCGCAGUACUUCCAGAGCAGGACGCCGAACGCAUGCCAGUUUCGGUGGCGGCGGUUGAAAUCGGGAAGCCUGAAGACCGGGGCGCGGGCAGAGGAGGAGGAGGAGGGGCUGCUACAGGCGGCGUUUGCGCGCGAGGGCAAGUUUGUGAAGCCGCGGGCGGCGUCGUUCAACUCGACGGCGCUGGGGCCGCGCGAGAACGCGCGGGCAGCGGAUGAGGAGAACAUCGGGCUGAUCCCGAAGAUCGUUAUUCGGUCGCGGCGGGGGUCGGUGGUCCAGCAGUCGCAGGCGCAGGCGGCGGCAGGCGCGCCGCCGAGCCUGGUGGCCGCGCUGAACACGACGUUCGCGAACUCGAAGGCACGCAAGGACUCGUUCUCGUCACGGACCCGGCGGUCGUCGUUCCAGCUGGAUCGGAGGCUGUCGGUCACGCAGCUAUCUACUACUCCGACGCGCCGGUCGUCGCUGGUGGCGGCGCCCACCUCGGUGAGCGCCCUGUUCCCCGGUCGGCGGGAAUCCUUCAACACAAACACGUCGAACGCAACUUCGCGUCGGGGCUCUGCAGUCUACAUCCCCCGCCGAGGAUCGUUCUCGCACAACUUCACCGAUCUGCCACGUCACGGACAUUUCCUCCAGCAUGGUGCGGCUGGGCCGAUGCCCACGGCGUUGCAGCAACCGUGGUCCGAAGAGGAGGACCGGCUACUCCAGGCCCGGCAGGAACACCGCUUGUCACUCGACGAGCUCUCGAUUCUUUUGCCCCACCGCUCAGAUGAAGAGAUACAGUGGCGGAUUGACUCCAUUUCACCGGUGGUUAAUGCGGCUGUGACCAUGUCCCCAUCUGCGUCACCGUUCCGCGCCGCGAGGGAGCGCUCUUUCAAUGAAGACACGGCCAUUGAAGAGGACGAAGACGACCGGCACGAAGAGUUCAAGGACCGGACCCCUGUUGACUACAACCACUCUUCUAACUUAUCCAGUGCUUCGUCCGCGAAGAAGGAACAGCGGCAGUCGCCCAUUUUCUUCAACAAGAGCAAAGAGACCUCCCCAACUACAAGCGACGGAACCACUAGAUCGAACACCAUUGUUCCUCCUCAGGCUGCUGAAGGCAAGGCGUUAAACUUCAAUUCUGUCAACACUCAUACUGCGCACGUGGGUCCCGAAGUGAAACUCCAGUCUGUGUCGACUGGGGACGAAUAUCAUAACAUCCUCAUCCAUCACAGUCACCAUCAUCCACAGGCUGCUGCAACUCCACUGCCAAGCCUAAAUAGCAUUUUCAAGAAUGUACUAUAG